AUGUCGUACCCGAACGACCCUAACCAGCACCGGUACGAGCCGGGCGAGCAGGGGGGCGUGCCGCACGGCCAGUCGCCGUACGGGCAGCAGCCCCAGUAUGACCAGUACGGGAACGUGUACGACCCGCAGCAGGCGUACGCCCAGGAUGGCGCGUACUACGACCAGACGGGCAACGGCUACUAUGAUCCGCAGCAGGCAUACGACCCGCAGCAGGCAUACGACCCGGAGCACGGCGCAUACUACGGCCAGCCGCGCGGCGUGGGCCCCGAGGGCGAGAACUUCUCAGACUUCAGCUACGGGCCCCCGGGCACGCCGGGCGGCUACGACAGCUACGCGCAGGGCGGGGGCGUGGACCAGUACACCCCGUCGCGCAUGAGCUACGGCGGCGACCCCCGCACGUCCGGCACGUCGACCCCGAUCUACGGAGGGGCGGGCUUCGACCCCUCGGCGGCUGCGAUGGCGCUGCCCGCAGACCCCUACCCGGCGUGGACGGCGGACGCGCAGUCGCCGGUGAGCGUCGAGCAGAUAGAGGACGUGUUCAUCGACUUGACCAACCGGUUCGGGUUCCAGCGCGACUCGAUGCGCAACGUGUUCGACCACUUCAUGGUGCUUUUGGACUCGCGCGCGUCGCGGAUGUCGCCGGAGCAGGCGUUGCUUUCGCUGCACGCGGACUACAUCGGCGGCGACACGGCCAACUACAAGAAGUGGUACUUUGCCGCCCAGCUUGAUCUAGACGACCAGGUUGGGUUCCGGAACAUGAACCUCGGCAAGCUGUCCCGCAAGGCGCGCAAGGCAAAGAAGAAAAACAAGAAGGCCAUAGCGGAGAACGUGGCGGACACAGAGGCGACUUUGAGCCAGCUGGAGGGCGACGACUCGUUGGAGGCUGCGGACUUCCGCUGGAAGGCGAAGAUGAAUAAGCUGACGCCGUUGGAGCGGGUAAGGCAGAUAGCGUUGUACUUGUUGAUCUGGGGCGAGGCGAACCAGGUACGGUUCACGGCCGAGUGCUUGUGUUUCUUGUACAAGUGCGCGUCAGACUACCUUGACUCGCCGCUCUGCCAGCAGCGCGCGGAGCCGCUUCCGGAGGGCGACUACUUGAACCGCGUGAUCACGCCGAUAUACCGCUUCCUCCGGAGCGAGGUCUACGAGAUUGUGGACGGGCGCUACAUGAAGCGUGAGCGUGACCACAACAAGGUGAUUGGGUACGACGACGUAAACCAGCUCUUUUGGUACCCACAGGGUAUUGCGCGCAUAGUAUUUGAGGAUGGAACUCGUUUGAUCGACCUUCCCGCUGAAGAGCGGUACCUCCGUCUCGGGGAUGUUGCGUGGAACGAUGUUUUCUUCAAGACAUACAAGGAGGUGCGCACGUGGCUGCAUAUGAUUCUCAACUUCAACCGUAUAUGGAUUAUCCACGGCUCGGUCUACUGGAUGUACACCGCUUAUAACGCCCCCACUCUCUAUACCGCCCAUUACCAACAGCUUUUGAACAACCGUCCAGUGCCAUCCUUCCCGUUUGUGGCAUGUUCGUUCGCAGGAACUUUUGCAUGUAUCGUCCAGCUACUGGCCACAUUUUUGGAAUGGACGUACGUGCCGCGUAAGUGGGCUGGUGCGCAACAUUUAUCUCGGCGGUUCUUCUUCUUACUCAUGAUUACGGCGAUCAACAUCGCCCCACCGGUCUUUGUGAUUGCCUAUUCUGGAGACCUAAGUACCUACUCGAAACUCGCAUACGCAAUUUCCGUUGUUGGUUUUGUCAUUGCAUUGAUCACUGUGAUUUUCUUUUCGAUUAUGCCAUUGGGCGGCUUAUUCACAUCUUACAUGAAGAACUCUACACGAAAGUACGUGGCUUCGCAGACCUUUACGGCAUCUGUUGCGCCAUUGCACGGAAUGGACAUGUGGAUGUCUUACUUGCUAUGGGCAGCCGUUUUCGCUGCGAAGCUUGCUGAAUCGUACUUUUUCCUAACUCUAUCGUUGAGAGACCCGAUCAGAAUUCUAUACAUGAACUACUCCAGAUGCGUAGGUAUCAAAUACCUAAACAAUAGGCUAUGUCCAUAUCAGGGCCAGGUCGUGUUGGUGCUAAUGGUGAUCACAGACUUCAUUUUGUUUUUCCUUGAUACCUAUAUGUGGUAUAUCGUCUGUAACACAGUCUUCUCUGUGGGCAGAUCGUUUUACCUAGGUAUUUCCAUUUUGACCCCUUGGAGAAACAUCUUUACCAGACUUCCUAAGCGGAUAUAUUCAAAGAUCUUGGCUACUACUGACAUGGAAAUCAAGUACAAGCCAAAGGUUUUGAUCUCUCAGGUAUGGAACGCUAUUGUGAUUUCCAUGUACAGAGAACAUUUGUUAGCCAUUGACCAUGUGCAAAAGCUCUUGUACCACCAAGUGCCAUCCGAGAUCGAGGGAAAGCGGACACUUCGUGCUCCUACAUUCUUUGUCUCGCAAGAUGACAAUAACUUUGAAACUGAGUUUUUCCCAGCGAAUUCUGAGGCCGAACGUCGUAUCUCGUUCUUCGCGCAAUCUUUGGCAACUCCAAUUCCGGAACCGCUUCCAGUGGACAACAUGCCUACCUUUACCGUGCUAACUCCGCAUUACUCUGAGAGAGUUUUGUUAUCUUUAAGGGAAAUUAUCCGUGAAGAUGACCAAUUUUCUCGGGUUACGUUGCUAGAAUAUUUGAAGCAGCUACAUCCGGUUGAAUGGGACUGUUUCGUGAAAGAUACUAAAAUUUUGGCUGAGGAAACUGCCGCCUUCGAAGGGGGCGAUGAAGAGGAUCCUGAGAAGGCCGGCGGCCUAAAGUCUCAGAUUGAUGACUUGCCAUUUUACUGCAUUGGUUUCAAGUCUGCUGCUCCAGAGUACACUCUGCGUACACGUAUUUGGGCCUCCUUGAGGUCUCAAACCUUGUAUCGUACGGUUUCGGGUAUGAUGAAUUACGCAAGAGCAAUUAAGCUAUUGUAUCGUGUUGAGAACCCAGAGAUUGUACAAAUGUUUGGCGGUAAUGCGGAGGGUUUGGAACGUGAAUUGGAGAAGAUGGCGAGAAGAAAGUUCAAGUUUUUGGUGUCCAUGCAAAGAUUGGCUAAGUUUAAGCCGCAUGAAAUGGAAAAUGCAGAAUUUCUAUUGCGUGCUUACCCAGAUUUACAAAUCGCUUAUUUGGACGAGGAGCCGCCUUUGAACGAAGGAGAAGAGCCCAGAAUCUACUCGGCUUUGAUCGAUGGUCACUGUGAGCUGAUGGAGAAUGGUCGCCGUAGACCAAAGUUCCGUAUCCAGUUGUCGGGUAAUCCAAUCUUAGGUGAUGGUAAAUCGGACAACCAAAACCAUGCUUUGAUCUUCUACAGAGGUGAAUAUAUACAACUAGUGGACGCCAACCAGGACAAUUAUUUGGAAGAAUGUUUGAAAAUUAGAUCUGUCUUGGCUGAAUUUGAAGAAUUAAAUGUGGAACAUGUCAACCCAUAUACUCCAACUCUAAAGUAUGAAGAACGUGAAAACAACCAUCCUGUUGCAAUCGUUGGUGCCCGUGAGUAUAUUUUCUCGGAAAACUCCGGUGUUCUUGGUGACGCUGCAGCCGGUAAGGAACAGACAUUUGGUACCCUAUUUUCGCGUACUUUGGCGCAAAUUGGUGGUAAGUUGCAUUACGGUCACCCUGAUUUCAUCAAUGCCACUUUCAUGACUACGAGAUGUGGUAUCUCUAAGGCUCAAAAGGGUUUGCAUUUGAACGAAGAUAUUUACGCUGGUAUGAACGCUCUCCUACGUGGAGGCCGCAUCAAGCAUUGUGAGUAUUUCCAGUGUGGUAAGGGCAGAGAUUUGGGUUUUGGUACAAUUUUGAACUUUACGACUAAGAUCGGAGCUGGUAUGGGUGAGCAGAUGUUGUCCCGUGAAUACUACUAUUUGGGGACGCAAUUGCCUAUCGAUCGUUUCUUGUCUUUCUACUAUGCGCACCCCGGUUUCCAUUUGAAUAACUUGUUCAUCCAGCUCUCAUUGCAAAUGUUUAUCUUGACUUUGAUGAAUAUGAACGCGCUUGCUCAUGAAUCUCUUUUCUGUGAGUAUGACAAGAACAAGCCUAUCACCGAUGCAUUGUCGCCUAACGGUUGCUACAACUUGGCACCUGUUGUUGACUGGGUCAGACGUUACACUCUCUCUAUUUUCAUUGUUUUCUUCAUUGCGUUUGUUCCUAUUGUUGUCCAAGAAUUGAUUGAAAGAGGGAUUUGGAAAGCCAUUCAGAGAUUUGUUCGUCACUUGGUGUCUCUAUCUCCUAUGUUUGAAGUUUUCGCUGGUCAAAUAUAUUCCGCUUCCUUGGUUAGUGACAUGACUUUUGGUGGUGCACGUUACAUUUCGACAGGUCGUGGCUUUGCAACCUCUCGUAUACCCUUUUCUAUUCUUUACUCCAGGUUUGCUGGGUCUGCGAUUUACAUGGGAGGUCGCUCGAUGUUGAUGUUGCUCUUCGCCUCUGUUGCGAGAUGGCAGCCUGCACUUCUAUGGUUCUGGGCUUCCAUGGUCGCUAUGAUUUUCUCUCCAUUUAUUUUCAACCCACACCAGUUUGCAUGGCAAGACUUUUUCUUGGACUACAGAGACUUUAUCAGGUGGUUAUCCAGAGGUAAUAACAAAUUCCACAAAAAUUCUUGGAUUGCGCAUGUGCGGGUUGCCAGGUCCCGUGUGACCGGUUUUAAGAGGAAACUCAUUGGGGAUGAGUCUGAAAAAUCGUCGGGUGAUUCGGCCAGAGCACAUAGAUCCAAUAUUUUGUUUGCAGAAGUGCUUCCAACUUUGGUAUAUGCUAUCGGUUGCGUAAUAGCCUAUGCAUUUAUCAACUCCCGUACCGGUUUGGUAAGUCGUGCUGAACCUCCUCCUAAAACCAUUCCCAUCGGUAACCCUCUCAUAAGACUUGCAAUAUGCACACUACUGCCAGUCGUCUUAAAUGCAGGUGUUCUUGCUGGUAUCAUGGGACUUUCGUGUUGCGCUGGGCCACUUUUAGGCCUGUGUUGCAAGAAUACCGGUCCAGUUAUGGCAGCAAUCGCUCAUGGUGUGUCUGUAAUCGGGCAUAUUAUCGCCAUCCUUGCAAUGUGGGUAUUACAACGUAUGAACUUGGCCAGAAUGUUGAUGGGUUUUGUUACUAUGAUCCAGUGCGAAAGAGUGCUAUUGAAAUUGUUGACUCUGAUUUUCCUAACCCGUGAAUUCAAGAAUGAUCGCGCCAACGCCUCAUUUUGGAGUGGGAAAUGGUACAGCGCUGGGCUAGGAUAUAUGGCUUGGACGCAGCCUGCAAGAGAGUACGUUGUGAAGAUAAUUGAACUUUCAGAAUUUGCUGCAGACUUCUUCUUGGGUCAUAUCAUUCUAUUCUGCCAGCUACCAGUAUUGUGUGUUCCACAGAUUGAUAAGUUCCAUUCUAUCAUGUUGUUCUGGUUGCGGCCAUCUCGUCAAAUACGCCCUCCAAUUUACUCCCUGAAACAGACUAGGUUGCGGAAGCGUAUGGUAAGGAAAUACAGUGCCUUAUACUUCUUGAUUUUAAUCUUUUUCGUCUGUCUCAUCGCUGGACCGGCUGUUGCUUUCAAGCAAACGGAACUCAAACACAAAGAAAAGGAUACUGAUGGUAAUCUAGGUGAAAGCACAUUCUUCAACGGGUUUCUUAAUGAUAAAUUUGGCCCCGGAGGAAUGUCAAUGUUAGCCAAUGUGUUACAACCAUAUCAGUCUAGCGAUGCUACCGACGAUAGUUCACCUAGCUUUACUUAUGAUACAGGUGGCCACCAGUACUUCAGCACGAUCCUACCAGAUCAGAUCCAUACUACCUGGUCAACCAAGGCUCCUUAG